UGGCGUGGACGCGAGCGAGGACGCGAGGAGAGUGGCUUGGCGCGACGUGCCCGGCCAUGAGCAGGUGGUAAGGGUGGCGGGCGAGAGCAGCGGGCAUGCGGCGGGGGGGCACGCCCUGACCCACGCCCAAGACACGCCCGCGGCCGCCAUGGGCCAGGGCUCCAGCUACCCGCACCCCGUGCCCCCGCCGCAGCGGCCGGCGUCCCCCUGGGCCAUGGAGCCCCUGCCCGAGCCCGCCCGCAGCCCGCACCAGGUCCGCCAGCGCCUGCACCUCCAGCAGCAGCAGCGCGACGUGCGCGACCAGCUGGAGCGCGAGCAGCAGGAGCGCCACCACCAGCUGCAGCCGCAGGAGACGCUGGCCGGCUGCUGCGGCUCGGGCAGCCCCGCCGCCGCGGCCGCCACCACGUGCAGCUGCGGCGGCGGCCUGACGUCGACGGCGGCCAUUUACGGCACGGCGGCGGCGCCCGACCCCGUGCCGCACCCCGUGGUGGUGACGCCGCCGCGCGCCGUGCCGCACCACCACCACCACCUGCGGCACCAGCUGGACGCCGCCGCCGCGCUCGCCCCCGGCGGCAGCGGCGAGAGCGCCCUCUGCGCCGAGCCGCCGCUGGGCCCGCGCCCCGGCAGCGGCGCGGGGUCCGCCGGCGAGGCGUGCGUGGGCGCGGCGGGCGGGGCCUGCGGGAGCGGCGGCUGCGGCCACUGGUGCUCGUCGUGCCGCGUGCGGGUGCAGGUGGAGGUGGAGUGCGUGGGUGCGGAUGCGCGCCCCUCGCCGCCGCGCGCCGGCCGCCUGCGGACGCUGACCUUCCCGAAGCGGCACCGCCACAAGACCAAGACGCCGACGCGCGACCUGCCGCAGCAGCCCAAGAAGAAGAAGGCGCCGUGGACCUUCCGCCUCAACUGCCGCCUGCGGACGUCCAAGUCGGAGCCCGAGCCCGAGGCGGCGCCCAGUCCCAGCGCCGGCGUCGGCUGCGGCGCCUGCAUGUGCCCGUCGCUGCGCCGCCCCGAGCCCGAGGCGCACCUGCGCCACCACCACCACCUGCCGCACCACCACCACCUGCCGCACCACCUGCACUCGCACGGCCGUCUGCCGGCGGCGCAGGAGCAGCCGUCCGUGGCCACCGUGGCGAGCGCGGGCGCCGCUGCGGCCGGCGGCGGCGGCGGCGGCGGCGGCGGGAGCCCCGGGGGCGCCGCGGCCGCCACGCCCGUGAUCGACCUGUCGCGCUUCAACCCCGACGCCUUCCCCAUCGAGGACUGGGAGGAGCGCGCGCGGCAGGAACGCGCGCGCGAGAUGGCCGAGGGCGUGGAGCCGCCGCCCGGGUUCACGCCCGUGCACAGCGCGCUCACGCCCACGCAGCAGGCGCUGACGCACCUCCAGCUGCAGCACCAGCACCACCUCCAGCUGCAGCAGGCGGGCGCCGUGACCACGUCGCUGCCGCUGUCGUACAACUCCAUGCUGGACCUGCAGCUGCUGCUGGAGCGGUCGCUGCGGCUGGGGCUGGGCGGGCCGCGCUCCGUGGCGGCGCCGCUGAGCGAGGAGACGCUGCUGCAGCAGGUGGGGCGGCUGGCGGGCGACGGCUCGCUGCUGCAGCGCACCGUGCACACGCAGGUCGACUAUAUCCACUGCCUUGUACCUGACCUCCUGAGCAUCACGAACUGCGCCUUCUACUGGGGCAAGAUGGAUCGCUACGAGGCCGAGCGCCUGCUGGAGAACCGGCCCGAGGGCACGUUCCUGCUGCGCGACUCCGCCCAGGAGGAGUACCUGUUCUCCGUGUCGUUCCGGCGCUACGGGCGGUCGCUGCACGCGCGCAUCGAGCAGUGGAACCACAAGUUCAGCUUCGACUCGCACGACCCGGGCGUGUUCGCCUCCGACACCGUGUGCGGCCUCAUCGAGCACUACAAGGACCCGUCGUGCUGCAUGUUCUUCGAGCCCAUGCUGACGAACCCGCUGGCGCGCACCUUCCCGUUCCCGCUGCAGCACCUGUGCCGCGCCGCCAUCUGCUCCACCACCACCUACGACGGCAUCAACAACAUCCGCCUGCCCAAGCCCCUCAAGAACUACCUCAAGGAGUACCACUACAAGCAGCGCGUGCGGGUGCGCCGCCUCGACCACUAGCACGAACCGUUGGUGGUCCUGUAGCGGGCCACGGCGGGCGAGGGCGCAGGCCGGGACGCAGGCCGGGACGCAGGCCGGGACGCAGGCCAGGGCGGAGGCCAGGGCGGAGGCCAGGGCGGGUGGAAGACGGCGGUGC